CCGGAAGCGGUAAAGUAUUAUGAAAAAACGUUAGGUUCCAGACUCAGGAAAGUGAAGUACUGUCGUUUAAACGAUGAAUAAAAGAAAGCCCACUGUUCAGCAUACCGAAAAGCCUUCAAAAAUCCGCAGGACAGAAGGCACGACACCUAGCCAACAGGAUGAAGACCUGGACGAUGAAACAGGAUUUAAUCAGGAGCAUCACUUUUCUACCUCGAACGCCGGGGAUAUUGGUGUGAUUGAGAGCAUUACUUUAAAGAACUUCAUGAGUCACCACUUGCUUGGACCUUUUCAGUUUGGAUCAAAUGUUAAUUUUAUUGUUGGAAAUAAUGGAAGUGGGAAGAGUGCCAUCCUUACUGCCCUCAUUGUUGGUCUUGGUGGUAAAGCAACUACAACCAACAGGGGAGCCUCUUUGAAGAGUUUUGUAAAAUAUGGAGAAAGCUCUGCAGAGGUUGCAGUAAAACUGAGAAACAGAGGAAGCGAUGCUUAUAAAGAUGAUGUUUAUGGGGAUUGCAUCUCUGUUGAGCAAAGAAUCACCAGCGAUGGUUGCAGGACAUGCAAAAUCAAGAAUAAAGCUGGGUUUAUUGUCUCUACUAAGAAGGAGGAGUUAACAUCGAUAUUGGACCAUUUCAAUAUACAGGUUGACAAUCCAGUUUCCAUCUUAAAUCAGGAAAUGAGUAAACAAUUCCUUCAUUCAAAAAGUGAAGCAGAUAAGUACAAGUUUUUCAUGAAGGCCACCCUGUUGGAGCAGAUGAAGCGAGACUACAUUCACAUCAAGCAGACCAAAGCUUUGACACGGGACCAGAUGGAAAGGCAGGAGGAGUGUCUGCGAGAUCUUAGACAGUUGUUUUUACAAAAAAAAGAGAAACUUGAUAAUCUGAAAGAGAUUGAGAAAAUGAGGCAAACUCUGGAAGAUUUAAAGAAAAAGAUGGCGUGGGCACUGGUGGGAGAAAAGGAGAGAGAAGUACACCAGCUAAAGGAACAAAUUGACAAAGAACAGAAUGAUGAACGCAAUAAACAUAAGCUGAUGCUCUGUCAGAACAAAAUUUCCAUCAUUGAAAACAAAUUGCAGGACAUCCAACAGAAGCUUGGAAAAGUAAAAGAGGAUGAUGAAUCUUUAGCAGAGGAAAUUCAAAAACUGAAAGAAGAGGCAAAGCUCAAGAGUAAAGUUCAGAAGAACCAGGAAGUGGUGUACUUUCGUGCCGAGAACAAAUUGAAACAACUAGAAAAGGAGCAAUGCCUUCUUCGGGAGAAAAUUACUAAAAUAAAUAAUAGCAAUGGGAGAAGGAAUCAUAAGGCAGAACAGACACAGCACAUGAAGAAAAUAUCUACACUGAAGAAAAGGCUGGAAGACCUUGAGACAGAGUCUACAACUCUUAAUCAAGAAAUCAAAGAAAAACAACAGGCCCUUUUUGAAGGAAGAGAGGAAUUAGACAAGAUAUGCAUGGAAGAAAAGAACAUCCAGGUCUCUUUAGAGUCCAAACUGAAGCGAAAGAACCAACUGACAGCCAGCAAAUCCAACAGACUGAGACGAUUUGGUGAUCGUAUGCCAGAACUAUUGGAGUCAAUUAACAAAGCAAAUGCUCAAGGACGCUUCAUUAAGAAACCUGUGGGACCAAUAGGUGCUUGCAUCAGACUUAGGGAUCCAAGUUUAGCUGUGGCUGUGGAAAAUUGUUUACGCAGUUUCAUGAAAACCUUUUGCUGUGACAAUUACAAAGAUGAAAGGGUCCUACAGGAACUGAUGAAACCACAUUUUCAUCAAGGCAGCAGACCCCAGAUUGUUGUGUGUGCUUUCUCAGACUACGUUUACAACGUUCAGAAUCGAGGAGUACACCACGAAGAGUUUCCAUCAGUUUUGGACUCUCUUAUUAUUGACAAUCCUGUGAUCACUAAUUGUUUGAUAGACAUGCGAGGCAUCGAGUGUAUUCUUAUAAUCAAAGAGAAUGCUGUGGCUAGGAGAGUCAUGCAACAGCAGAAGCCUCCUAAAAAUUGUCGUGAAGCCUUUACUGCUGAUGGUGAUCAGGUUUAUACCAAUCGCUAUUACACUCCUGAACAAGAAGUCAUGGUCAAAUACCUCGGUGGGGACCCAGAGGCAGAAAUUCGUCUGGUGCAGUCAGAGGUGGAAAACUAUCAAGCACAGCUCAGCAGGUUUCAACUUCACUUAAACUUAGUGAGGCAGGACAUUCAGAACAUGGAAGAGAAACUGCUAAGUGCCAAAAUAUCAUGCAAAAAAAAUCAGGAAGAAAUAAAUAGAGUUAAAGCAUCAAUAAUUGAGCUUGAAAAUGUUGAAGAGACACAGACCGAGGACGUCAGUUCACUGGAAGAAGAGGGUCAAGAAAAUGAAAAAAAAAUUGAGCUAGAGCGAAAAUGUGUAAAAGAAGCCAAAAGUGAACUGGAAAAGCAUAACAAGACGAUCACAGACCUUGAUCGGAAAUACAAAGAGGUGAAAAACAAGAGAGAGCAAAUCUCAGAUGAAACAGAGCAAUUAAAGGAGGAGCAAGUGAAAACUGAGGCUGAGCGCAAUAAACUCGAAAAUACCCUGAAAAUCUUGGAGGAGAAGGUCAAUACCCAUCAGGAUAAUAUAAAAACCUUGAAAGAGAACCUCACUUGCAAAGAAAAUGAAAAACAGGACAUGGAAGCAAAAGCCACAGAAAUCUGCCCUGAUCCGCAACGCUCAGAUCGGACUGCCAAGAGCAUCGACAUAGAGAUCACACGCCUGCGCCAGAAGAUCAGCAUACAAGAGAGCACGCAUGGCAAUCAGGAACAAGUAGUCAAGGAGUAUUCUGAGGCUCAUGGUAAUUAUAAGAACAAAUCCAAUCAGCUGAGAGAUCUCAAGAAAUUUAUUGAUCGUCUGGACAACAUCAUGACUGACAGGCAGGCCAGAUACAAAACACUGAGAAGAUCCCUCUCAGUGAGAUGCAAGUUAUACUUCAACAAUUUCCUCAUCAAGCUGCAGUGCUGCGGGUCCAUGAUGUUUGAUCACAACAAUGAAACUCUUUCCAUUUCAGUGAAACCACCUGGUCGGGAGAAUGACAACGUUAAUGACAUGCGCUCUCUGUCUGGCGGAGAGCGCUCCUUCUCCACAGUUUGCUUCAUUCUGUCUCUAUGGGAGAUCACAGAAUCACCCUUUAGAUGCCUGGAUGAGUUUGACGUUUACAUGGACAUGCACAACCGACGGAUCUCACUGGACCUGCUUCUUGAGCUCUCUGAGCGUCAGCAUCAGCGACAGUUUAUCUUCAUCACACCUCUGACCACCAGUCACCUUCCUCAGAGUUCCCAUAUUAAAAUCCAUCAGCUACAAGAUCCAGAGAGAGAAACCUAAGUGAUGGGUUUGUCAUAGGACUGUCAAGAGAAGGGACUGCACUAAGUUGUUAAGAAUAUCAAUAAUAAGAAAAAGUCUUGCAUUUACUUUUACCUAUUAUUUUUAAUGUUUCUUUUUUUCAUCUUUUUUUUUUUUUUUUUUUACAAUAAAGCUAUCUUAAAAG